AUGCCGCGACGGCGGCCUCUUCAUGAUGGCCACGUCAAUGUCAAUAUCCUUAUAAUUGUGGCCUUGCUAUUGAUUGGAAUCGUCGGCGCUCAGCAGCAGCAACGACGCGCGGUAGAUCGAGAAUCGCCCCAUGAAGGACUGAAGCUCGAGGCCACCAAGAUACCCCCCCCAGUCGUCACUCCCGGCUCCGCGAGAAGAAAGAAGACGGCAGAGGUUGAUACGGGGAAAUUUAACAACAACGACAACAACAACAACAACAGCAACAAUAACAAGAAGAAGAAGAACGAUGCGAGCGCCCUCGUAACUUUGGCUCCGGCAGAUAGUGCCGUCGAAGCACCUCCUGCAAGGCGGCCCAGCCCAAUAAGUGCUGGGCUUACCUCGCCGCAGAAAAAUGCGCGGAACCUUGAGGAUUGGGAAGUGGAAGAUUUUGUGCUUCUGGCGACCGUCGAUGGAAAGCUACAUGCCCGGGGAAGGAAGACUGGCAAGCGGAAGUGGGAAGUGUCAUCCGAGAACCCUAUGGUGAAGACGGAAUACCAUCGCCCGAAUCGAUCGUCUGUCGACGCCGAUUACAACCCAAACUCGAUCGACGAAUAUCUGUGGAUCGUGGAACCCAGUCCAGACGGGAACCUGUUCGUUUACCAGCCCAAUGGACCCAACCCCGGAUUGGUCGACACGGGUCUCACGAUGAAGAAGCUGGCUGGUGAGAUGUCACCAUACUAUGAUCAGGAGAAUGGGAUCAUCUACAAUGGAUUGAAGAAAACGAGCAUGAUUACAGUCGACGCAAACUCGGGGGAGGUUUUAACCUAUUACGGUUCAGAGGGUGCCCUAGACAACGGGAAUUGCAAAGCAUCCGAUGGAAAAUUUGACUCGGAUGAGUGCAAAUUCGCUACUCUCGCUAUUGGCAGACUGGAGUAUGAAGUCCAAAUUUCUGGGAAAAAAGAUCAUCGCCAAAUUGCUACCCUGAGAUUCUCCGAGUGGAUCCCCAACACCUACGACAAUGAUCUCCAUCGCCAAUACCACAAGUCGAUGGAUAAUAGCUAUAUUUACACCACGCAUGACGGAGGGGUAAUUGCGCUCGAUCUCCAGGGAAACAGUGAAGCCGAAGGUGUGUUCCAGCAAAAAUUUGAUUCUCCAGUAGCACGUGUCUUCGACAUAGCACGACCCUGGGGAGCGGACAAGAACAACCCCGAGUUGAUUCUUCUCCCGCAACCACCGCCGCCGCUUGAUGACGAUACGGCUGCUCAGAGCCUUAGAGAGAGUAGGAUCUUCCUCAACCAUACCGAAGAUGGUAGUUGGUUUGCCAUGUCUGGUCUCAAGUAUCCACUGGCUGUCCGAGAGAAUGUCGGCAGGGCACAAUGUACCCAGGAAGGAUGGAUGCAACACCAUCCUCAGUGGGAUAUUACGGAUCACUUUCAGUUGUCCAAGGCACUCGUCGGGUUGCACUCCAUUGAUGGACAUACUGUUAGAACCCAACGGCUUGCCAUAUCCGGUCCGCAAGAGCAAAUCAUCAGAGAAGUUGCAGACCCGGCCGACAAUACAUUGGCAUUGGCGAAUGAGCCAACUUAUUCCGAGUCUAUGCGCCAGUACGGCCGGGAUCUAUGGCGUGACUACGUUUUGGCUCUUAUCGCCAAUCCGCUGAUUUACAUCGUGAUCACCGUUUUUAUCGUUUCCAACCAGCGGGAGAUCCGAACAACCAUUGGAAAAUUUUACGCACGCAUCACAAAUGAUAAAACCCCAUCCAAAUCUAAGACGCUCGACAAAGCUUCCAAAGUCGACAAACUGCCACAAAUUCCGGAGGACAGAGUACUUCCACCUGUCGAAGGAACACCCGGUCUCCCAUCAGCCACGAUCCCACCCAUCGAGGAGACAAAGCAAAGGUCCCGCGAAUCCCCUGCAAUUUCGGUUGAGAAAGAGGAAAAAACCAAAAAGGCUCACAGAGGUCGGCGGGGAGGUGUCAAGCACAAGAAAGGUCGAGCGAACUCACAAACUCCCUCCGAGGAUGGUAAGACUGUUGCACGAUCUCACCCAACAGUUGAAGAUGCAGUCAGAAAUGCUCAACAACUGGGGCAGCAAACAAAGCUCGAACCUGACAUCCAGACGAAGCCGAGUCCUCCCGAUGAGGUGUCUGGUCCAGUCAUCCGUAUUGGUGCUCUAGAAGUCAACACAGACAAGCUUAUUGGCACUGGAAGUAACGGCACCCUUGUUUUCGAGGGCAACUUCGAUGGUCGAGACGUCGCAGUGAAAAGAAUGCUUAUUCAAUUCUUCGACAUUGCAUCACAAGAAACCAAGUUACUGAGGGAGAGUGAUGAUCAUCCUAACGUCAUCCGAUAUUACGCCCAGCAAAGUGCAGGAGAAUUCCUAUAUAUCGCUUUGGAACUUUGCCCUGCCUCACUAGCAGAUGUCAUCGACAAGCCGCAGAGAAAUCGUGACCUGGCGCAAGCCGGUGAAAGAGAUCUGCCAAAUGUUCUUUACCAGAUUACCAACGGUCUACAGCAUCUGCACAAGCUCCGAAUUGUCCAUCGAGACUUGAAGCCUCAAAAUAUUUUGGUUGCCAUGGGCAAAGACGGCAAACCGCGGUUACUUGUGUCUGACUUCGGGCUCUGCAAAAAGCUUGAGGGAGAGCAGUCAUCGUUCCGCGCAACCACAGCACACGCUGCUGGUACUUCUGGCUGGCGUGCACCGGAACUUCUCCUGGACGACGAUGCCAAGGAUGGUAAUACUCCUCAGGCAAUGGUUGACGCCAGCACUGAUGGCAACUCGGGCUCCCUCGUCCUGAACCCAGACUUGCUACCUAAUCGCCGAGCUACGCGUGCGAUUGACAUUUUCUCACUUGGCUUGGUUUUCUUCUACGUCCUCACCAAGGGCUCUCAUCCAUUCGAUUGUGGCGAUAAGUUCAUGCGUGAGGUCAAUAUUCGCAAGGGCUUGCACAACCUUGAACCUCUCCAAGUUCUUGGGGACUAUGCCUACGAAGCUAAAGACCUGAUCAAUUCCAUGCUAAUGGCGAAUCCAAAAGAACGACCUUCGGCACUUAACGUCAUGGCCCAUCCCUUUUUCUGGUCGCCCAAAAAACGCCUCAAUUUCCUCUGUGACGUGUCUGACCACUUCGAGAAAGAACCCAGAGAGCCCCCGUCAGAUGCCCUUAGAGAGUUGGAGAAACAUGCCUCUGCGGUGUGCCGUCAAGAUUUCCUUAGACAUCUCGGCAAGGACUUUGUUGAUUCGCUGGGCAAACAAAGAAAGUACACAGGAACUAGACUACUCGACUUGUUGCGCGCUCUGCGAAACAAAAAGAACCAUUACGAGGAUUUGAGCGAUAAGUUAAAGGAGCAUGUGGGCCCAUUGCCGGAUGGUUAUCUCAGCUUUUGGACAAGAAAAUUCCCGAAUCUGUUAACCACUUGUUGGAAUGUGGUCUACAACGUUGAGUGGGAUGAUACAGACCGCUUCAGAGAGUAUUACUCGCCGGAUUCAGGUGUUUGA